AUGCAGCUCUCGAUCCGCUCAUACCACCCAUCAGACAAAGACGCGGUGAGGACUCUGUUCACCAAAGGCCGUUUAGAGCAUAUCAACCCAUCUUUUUAUGACGCCAUGAUCAGCCCGCUUUAUCUCGCUAUCAGUCUGGCUCUGUGUGUCACUGGCUACUUCCUGGGCUCUGUGGUAGGUGCUGUGGUUUUACCAGGAGGCUGGGUGGGACUAAUCUACUACAGCUGCUAUCAGUAUUACAGUGGCUUUGUCAGAAAGACACUCCAGACAGACAUGCAGGACAUCCCUAGGUACUACAUGAGCAGACCAGAUGACUGUUUUUGGGUGGCUGAGGCUGAUGUUGAUGGCAGGACACAGAUAGUAGGUAUAGUGGCUGUUGUGGCCAAACAAAGUGGGAACAAAACCUAUGGUGAACUGCACCGAAUGACUGUCUCACCGUCAUGCCGUAGGGCAGGCCUGGGCUUCAAGAUGACCUCGACUGUGAUUGACUUCUGUAAGGAACGAGGCUUCACCAAAGUGGUGCUGGUGACCAUCGCCAGCCACACAGCUGCUGUGGACCUUUACCAGAAAUGUGGCUUCAGCCAUGUCCGCUGGCAAAGAAAGGCAGAUGAUCAAUUUAGGCUGACACUGCUGAGCAGAAUUAAAAAUAUAGAAAUGGAAAAACACCUAUCAGCUUGA